UGACAAAGUGAAAGAGAAGAUAAAUCUACUUUGAAUUUGCGGGUGACUGCUAUCAAAUGAUGAUCUGGAGCCUGCGCUUGUUUUAUUUGUCCGCGUUACUCGGCGCAGUUCGCGCCCGCCCCGUCAAGCAUGCGGACAGAGCGGCCCCGCGGGAGGACGUCAACGUUCUGAUGUUUGGCGUCCUUCAGUUGGGCGAGUCUCUCAACAGCGUGUACGAAAGCACCGAGGGCAAGGUGGCUAACAUUCUGCUGACUAUGAAGGAGCACGAGGGCAAUCUCAAGCGGCUCGGCGAGCAGACGGCGCAGGCUGGCGAGGUGGAGAAACAGAUGAAGGAAGUGAUAGAGCUGCUGCAGGAGCAGAUGUUCCAACAAGAGACUCAGGCCAAGACGGCUGAGGGUCGGCUGGCUGACAUCGAGCGGGAGCAGGCGCAGCUUUGGACCAAAGUGAAAAGCUUAGAGGCCUAUCUAAACAGCACGUUCCCCGCGAGCAUCAAAGAGCUGCAGGAACGAGCUGCCUUUAAUGCCAGUAUCUUGAAAGGUCUGCUGCAUUUGACCCAGUUUCAAAAGCAGAAGAUUGACAAGCAGGCCAAGCAACUCGCCGCACUGCAGAGGCUGGUGAGUGGCGACGCAAGCGUGGGCUCGGCAUUGUCAAGUCUUCAGUGAAGCGCUAUGAAAUUUCAAAAGGAUGAUCGUCAUCAUCGGCACUGAACACCCCCACGGCACUCCCUUUCACCAGUGUAAUGUUAUAAAUGUCACCUUAUCGAUGUUGUUUGUUUGUUGUUGCAUAUUAUGUAUUGCGUUUCGUGCACUGUGUUGAUU